AUGGUGGAAAAAAACGUUGAUUCCGACUCCACCCACGUUGAGUUCACUGCGUCAAAGUCUUCCGAUUCUGCUGGUUCAGGUCUAGAGUCGACAGCACCAGCAGAAGAAUUUCCAUCAAUAGUUGUCAAUAAGAAUUCCACUAAUGGAACUGAUGUUACAACGCGUAUAACUACGAAAGAAGAAGAAGACAUUCACUCAUCUGGUUCUGUUAAAUUGUCCAAUUCUGCAGCCACAGAUGGAUCAUCUAAACCAUUAAAGAAGGCCCCUCCAGAGGCUACACAAGAGGUCUCGGUUAAGGCUAAAACUAAACAGCAAAAGAAGGAUCUGCAUCUUUGUUUGAAUAUUGCACCUCUUAAUACUCCCCUUCAAAAUAGACUAGAGACUUUUGCAGUGAUGUGGCACUGUGUAUCUAUUCCGUCCUUCAUAAUUUUGUUCUUAAUCUUAUUAUGGCUCGGAUGGGUGGUUUGGCUAGGAGUUAUAAUACCAUAUUAUAUAUGGUGGUAUGGGUUUGAUUUGCAUACCCCUACUAAUGGUAAAGUAGUAUAUCGUACAAGAGACUGGAUGAGAAAUCUUAUAAUAUGGAAGUGGUUUAUUGAUUACUUUCCCAUCAGAGUAAUGAAAACUGUUGACUUGGAACCAACGUUUUCAAACGUACUUGUUCAAGAUGAUGAUUUGCCGGACGAUGAAGAAGAUUUGGUAAGUGAAUUCCUGACUACAAUUAUUGAUCGUUUAUUUAUGAAGUUGGGUUUGCAUAAAAGACUUAACCUUCUGGAUAGAAGACGUUCAAGUGUAUCCUUGUCUUCCUCUUCCAAUAAAAUAUAUAAGAGGGUAACCACGGGACCAAGGUAUAUUUUUUGUUAUCAUCCACAUGGUGUCAUUUCAAUGGGUGUCAUGGGUAUGUUUGCCACAAAUGCAGUACGGAACGAGCCAUUUCAACCACCAGCAAGGUUUCUAAAGCCAUUAUUUCAUGAUCCUUCCAAGUAUAAACGUUUAUUCCCGGGAAUUGGACAAGUUUUCCCAUUAACUCUCACAACCCAGUUUACAUUGCCAUUUUAUCGGGAUUAUUUAUUGAGUUUGGGGUUAACCUCGGCCUCGGCUAAUAAUAUUAAAUCAUUGAUUAACAAUGGUGAUAACUCCGUCUGUCUAGUUGUAGGUGGUGCUAAAGAAUCAUUGUUAAACAAUAUGGUUGCUCCGAAGUAUCGUAUUGGUAAAGGUUAUAAAGGUGGGAUAGAUAGUUCUACUGAAUCUAAGGACAAUAAAAAGAAAUCAGAAAUCAAGUUGGUACUUCAAAAGAGGAAGGGGUUUGUUAAGUUGGCAAUUGAACUUGGAAACGUUGCAUUAGUUCCUGUUUUUGCAUUUGGUGAAGCUGAUAUUUACAAAUUGAACACUCCAAAGCCUGGAUCUUUUGGCUAUUGGUUACAACAAUGGAUUAAGGACAAGUUUCUGUUUACCAUACCAUUUUUCAGUGCUCGUGGAGUUUUCAUUUACGAUUUUGGCUUAUUACCUUAUAGAAACCCAAUUAAUGUUGUUAUGGGUAGACCCAUAUAUGUUCCUGAAGGGAUUCUAAGUGAUUACAAAAGAAACCAUCCAGAAUUUUUUAAAGAAGAUGUUGUUACUACUCUUGGUAACAAUAAAACAGAACUGAGUGGUUUUACACGAAAGAGUUCAUUUAGUAAUUUACUUAGCAGAGCGACUUCCAGCAUUCAAAAAUCAGAUUCCACUGGAUCCUCGAAAUCUGCAUUGAAGGGUAAUGAGACCCCAACCACAACGUACUCAAGGGGUAAUAAAAAUUUGAAGACAAAGAUCCCUAUAGAAUUAGUUGAUCAUUAUCAUCACCUUUACGUUGAGGAAUUGAAACGGGUUUAUGAGGAAAACAAGUUCAAAUAUGGAUAUGGAGACGUUGAAUUGAACAUUAUUGAUUAA